AUGCUCGCACCGAAGACGUUGAAUCAAAUCGCUACUGUAGUGGGAGAAACGCCUCGACCGGUUUUGGACGUCGAUCCAGAGGAGUUGAAUAGCUCCGAUGACGAUGAUGAGGACGACAAGCACGCCAGCGAUACGAAAAUCAAAGAUCCAGUGUUGUCGCAGGAAUACGAAGCACUCAGGCUCAGCAAGGGGGUGAUGACCUAUGACACAAAGACUUACCAAGUAGCUGUUGUUUGAAUCUUAGAAGCGGAAGUCGAAUGUCUUCUAACCCUGCUGAGUUUUAUAAUAAAUCCACCGUAAUUAACAGACCACAACCUAACCUAACCAACCUCCUCUAGAGUUCCUCUAACUUCUCUUCGCCGAAGUCGCAAAGAUCAAGAGUUUUGAAGUGCGUGUUGAGGAGAAGAAGCGCACAGUCAAGUUCUACAAGCACGUGGUUGCCGACGAGAAGGAGAAGAAGCGGUUAGAGACAAUCAAGGCCAAAGAAAGGCCAGUGGCAGUGACACAGCGAAAAGUCGGAGAUCAAGUCGUCUCCGUAGAAGAGUACAAGAAAAAACAUCAAGAGGAGAAAAAAGAGUUAUGA